UACGUUCAUGAUUUUGAUUGGCAUUUUUUAAUUGCGGGUGAUUGUUGGCCGGAAAACGUGAGUAAUUCUUUGAGGAAAAUAGUGAAUUGUGGAAAAAGUGAGGGUUUUGCCUGCGGGAAGUUGAUGAUAACGCGGAGGCUGUCGUCAUUUCUACGGGAUCGAGAGAGGAAGUAAGUGGUUCAGAAGUUUUUUCGAGAGUUAAGUGUCGAGUUCAUUUGCAAGAAAUAUAUUUUUUUUUAAAUGGUGGAUUUUGAGCAUAAACCACUCGAGCAUGACCCGGCGUUCGAGGGGCCGAUGAAGAGGCGCUCCUGCACGGAUCUUACCUGUCUCGUCAUAUUUUUAUUGUUUAUUGUCGUCUGGUUCAGCCUCGGAAUUUAUGCGUUAUCCUCCGGGAAUGUUAAACGCCUCCUAGCUCCGACGGAUAGUUCAGGCCGGAAAUGCGGACUGGACGCGGAUGUCGCCGACAAGCCCUUCCUCUUUUUCUUCGACCUGACGACCUGCGAUCUCGAUGAAAACCGUUGUGACACGCCUCAAGUUUGUCUGGAAAAAUGCCCGGACACCAACUGGCGGUUCGACACCGACCAACCCCUGGAGGAGAUCAGGAAGAAGAUCAUAUGCCGACCUGGGGUGAACGUCACCCACAAAAGUGUUCUGGAAAUCGAGGCACUCAUAAACGUCACAGCCUGCGCUCCCAUGUACUUCAAGGGAAAGUCCAUCGUCCACAGGUGCUUUCCCCUGGACUUGGGCACCGGUUUCAUCGACGACGUCAUCAUCGAGAAGAUCAAGAAGUCCGAGACCAUCAUCAAGACACUGGCCUACGCCCAGGGAGUCUUCGAUAAAGUCAAAUCUUCUUCUGGAUCGGUCAUGGGGAUAAUUGUCGGUGGUGCAGUGAUGUGCAUAAUCUACAUGUUAAUCCUGAGAUGGUUAGCAGUUCCUGUGGUCUGUGUGACAAUUAUAGCAGUCUGCGGACUGCUGAUUUGUCUGGCCUGCCUGAGCUAUCAGUCAUACGCCAAGACAUCCUCUGCACUUUGGUUGAUAACCAUGAUCAUCCUCAUUUGUACUGUUCUGGUGAUAAUAAUAGUUACUGUCUGCAUGUGGAGCAAGGUUUACCUCGCCUGUCAGCUCAUCAAAGAGGCCAGCAAGGCCAUCAUGUCAGUCCUCAGCAGUAUUUUCUUUCCGAUCAUCCCGUGGCUGUUCCAGAUCGCUCUUCUCUUCUACUUCUUCUACAUCGUCUUCCUCUUCAUGUCCAUCAAACGACAGACGUUCGCCAUUGAGCACUCGCCAAAUGGCUUCCCUGACGACUGCAAAUGCCAAAACUUCAAUUACACAGUGAAAAGUUCCUGUGACCCCGAGAUAUUCAACUCCAAAUGCGAGGAAAAUGGCGGCAUCUGCGUGUCGACUGUUUGCCGACUUCAGAAGGAGAAUAGCCCAUCUGCCAUCGGCUUGGCUUAUUUUAUUCACAUCGUCGGUGGCAUCUGGAUUUGCAUCUUCCUCUCAGCUAUCGGCGACAUGACUCUCGCUGGAACAUUCGCCUCGUGGUACUGGACAAUUAAUAAGCAUGAUGUAUCAUUUUUCACGGUCUCGGAAAGUCUUUGGAGAACGGUGAGGUACCACCCAGGAACCGUUGCCUUCGGCUCUUUCUUGUUAACGAUCUGCCGACUCUUCCGACUGUUAAUAGACAUCCUGGAGGGCCUGUCUGAGGAUAAUUCUGGAGACUGCUGCACCGGCUUCGUCCGCUGUAUCGUCCCCUGCCUCCUAGCACUCCUCGAAAGAUUCGUCAAAUUCAUGACUGGAAACGCUUACAUCAUCUGUGCGAUCUAUGGAAAGGGCCUCUGCGAUUCAGCUGGUGAGGCCCUAAGUCUCAUCAUGAGAAAUCUCGCCCGGACGACGAUUUUGAAUAAAGUCGUCGGCUGGGUACUCCUCGGAGGAAAGGUCCUGGUGACUUGUGCAAUGGUUGCGAUAGCCUGGGCUCAUUACAAAAGUCAAGACGAUCAAUUCUGGUGGGCACCAACUGUUCUCGUCGGCGUCGGGACAUUUAUCGUCGCCUCUGUAUUCUUCAGCGUUCAUUCCAUGGCUGUCGACACAAUUUUCCUGUGCUUCCUCGAGGACUCGGAGAGAAACGACGGCACCGAGGAGCGGCCGUACUACAUGUCGAGGGGCAUCGCUAAAUUAUUGACUAAAACGUAAACCCUUUAAUUACACCAAACCGUAAUUUUCUCAUAAUUCGUAUAAUCGAUUUUUACGAGAUUGACGUGAAUUUUUCGUUGAGGAUUUAUUUCAAUGUAAAUAAUCUCAUCGAUUUUACGCUCAAUUGUCUGUUUUGUAUUGCCCAUAGAAUUCAUUUGUAGUUGAUAAUAACACGGUCUUACAACCAAAGACUUUUUCUUGUCAUGCAGGUUAGAAUAAUGAAAAAAAUCUGUCAGUUAUAAAUAUGUAAUUGAUUACUGUCAAAGUGUUUCUACUUCCGAGAUAAAGAAGAAAAAACUGUC